AGACUUUGUUUCCACUUCGCUCAACUAAACAAAAGAAGAAAAUCCCUAAAAAAUGUGGUGGUCUACACUAAAAUGGUUGUUUUUCGGAUUGUCCCUUGCCCUAAUGAGCACCAACGUGAGCAAGGCGGCUCCAUCUAGAGACGAGAAUAUGUACAGGGAACUCAUGAAGCUCGACCAGUUGUACUCCUCAAUCGCCAGACCUAGCUUGAGGAGUGUAUCUAUGCCUGCUGAAAUUGGCCAGAAAGUACAGAGAGCGCUACAAAUGCUGAGGUUGCAACAACUGGACGACCUGUAUGCUCAUAAGUCCAGACCGAGGUUUGGUAAACGAGGUGAUGGUCAUAACUUGCCGGCAGCUGACUACGAAACCAACCAAAUUCAGUACCGGAAUAAUCAAGAUGGCGCAGCCCUACAAGACUGGCUUCCCCUAAGAAGAUGAGAAACUUAACCGAGAAAAUGUCAAUCCAGCAUUAAUAUAUUCUUCCUAUUAAUUUAUUUGUGUUUUUCUGCAAUUGUUUUAGCGCUAAUAAUAUAAAAAAAAUCAAUUUUCACAUUUGUCAUAUUAAUUUAACGACAUAUUUUUAUUAUUUAUGUAUAAUAUUUCAGAAAAAAAAACUCCAAAAAAAGGUCUCUUAGUUUGAGAAGUAACAUGCUAUUUAAAAUUAAAUUCAAAUCUAUUUAAAAUUAAUUAUAUCAAAUAAUAAUAUGUUAUUUCUCUCUAGUAUAUUAUUUCUUUUUUUUAAUUAGUUCUUGAAUAAAUAGAAUAAAUAUAUAAAUAUACUAACAAAUGCUGUAUCUCAUUCCUUCAGUAUUCUUUGCAAUCUAUAAGGUGUUAUAAGAAACAUACAAAGAAUAAUAUAAUGUUAAAAAAAUAUCUAGAGCAUCGCAUUUUGCUAAUAUUAAUAAUAAUUAUAUUAUCUAUUCUCUAUCACCCUGUAUACAAACUGAAUAAAUGCAUGUUUAACGCUU